GGGGGGCUGUGUUUCUGAUCCGGGAUUAGCGGAGCCGUGAGAGGCCGGAGCGGAGAUGCUGCCGUGGCGCCGGAGCAAGUUCGUGCUGGUGGAAAAUGAACGUAAGUGCAAAGGCAAGAGCCUGGGGCCGGGGCUGAGCUACGCGGCGCUGCUGGCCGGGUUCCUGCGCUCCUGCCCGGACCUUCUGCCCGAGUGUCCCUUGGAGCGGCUGGGCAGCGUCUUCCGCGGGAAGCGCCAGAAAGUGGAGCUCAACAAGGAGGACCCGACGUACACGGUGCGGUACCUGGGCAACGCCGUGACCCUGCACGCCAAGGGCGAGGGCUGCACCGAGGAGGCGGUGGGCAAGAUCUGGGCAAAGAGCGAGGCGGGCGCCGGUGGCAAGAUGAAGCUGACGCUGGGGCCACAAGGCAUCCGGAUGACCCCGAGCGAGAAGGGGGCGCGGCGGCCGGGCCACGCGUACCUGCUGCACCGCAUCACCUACUGCGCCGCCGACCGCCGGCACCCCAAGGUGUUCGCCUGGGUGUACCGGCACCAGGUGAAGAACAAGGCCGUGGUGCUGCGCUGCCACGCCGUGCUGGUCUCCAAGGCCGACAAGGCGCGCGCCAUGGCCCUGCUGCUCUACCAGACCUCGGCCUCGGCCUUCAACGAGUUCAAGCGGCUCAAGAGGCAGAGUGAUUUCCGCCACGUCCAGCAGCAGCUCCUGGGCGACGCCAUCGUGCCCUUGGUGCCUCGGCGGCUGCUCAACACCAGUUGUCCCUACCUGCCCCCGCCGAGCAGGGCCCGCUGCGCCCCGCGCCUCAGCUCCAUCCUGGAGGAUGAAGACGAGGACGAGCGUUUCGGCCCCGGGGCGCCUCUGGGGGAACCCGGCAGAGCUGCCGUGCUGGGCGUGGCAGCCAUGAGGGAGUGCAGCCUGCGCGGCCCCCGGCACCCGCUGUGCUGA